AUGGCCGAUCUUUUGAAAAACGUCUUUGGCGGCGGCAAGGCCAACGAGCCUGUUGCCAAUCGCAAAGCUGAUCCAGACUUUGCCGACUUUGCUGGAGCUCCUGAUCCCGUCGCGGAGCCUGCCCCCAAUGCCGCGACGUUGGGAGGCGCUGCCGGUGCCGCUGCCACGACGAGGCCCUACACGAAGUGGUACAACGUCCACGAGCGGCACUCGCUGUCCGAGUUCAAGGCGGAGGGCAUCAUCCUCGCGCUCUCAGCCUUCAUCUUCCUCUUCCACAUCAUCGGUGCGCGGGCCAAUCGCUCCAAGGCCAAGUCGUGGAUCCGAGCCAAUGCCUCCAUCCUGAGGAAGGAAUUCGCCCUCGUCGGGUUCGGCGGCGUGCCCACCUUGGACAACGAGGACAUCAAGCCCGACUCCCUCCUCAAGGAGAAGUCGCUGUUCGAGUUCGCCACCUACGCCUCUGGACGGCAAAACACGGCCUUUGUCGACGUCAAGCUCACCAUGACCAAAAAGUUCAACCCCGUCAUGGGACUCGUCGAAACAGCCGCCUCCUUCUUCAGCGACGCCUUUGCUGCCCCCAGCGACGUCAUGGAAGCUUUCCUGUACCCCUUCGACGGCAAGGAGAAUCUCACUCUCCCCUCUCUGCCUGGUGGUGAGGAAGCGCGCGCCAAGGACACCAAGAGCAACUACGACGGAUUCGUCUGGGCCCUUGUCCACAAGGAGAGCAUGAAGCGUCUCCGUGAGGACCGCUACGACGUCACCCUCACUGCUACCAAGGAAAACUCCAAGCUGCCCAACUGGUUGACCAUUAUGAGCGAGAGCGCCGAAGUCACGGACACCCUGCUCACCCAGGACCUCAUUGACGCUGUCGUCGCUGCCGGCGAUAACUUUGAGUACCUCAUCGUUUCCGACCAGCCCGUCGAGAAGCCCGUCAAGCUGGAUGACGCCACGCCCCGCAAGCGCAUCUUCCUCAAGUACCGUCUCCCCUCUGGCAACAGCUACGACUCCCUGCUACCCAUCUUCUCGUACUUCCUCCGCCUCCCGGAUUUCCUGGUGCAAAACGCCCGUUUCCGCCCCGAGGUCCUGAAGAAAGUUCGUGCCACUCGUGAAGCCAUGAUUUCGCAAAUCAAAAAGACGGCCGAGGAGGAAAAGAACGAAGAGCGUCUCUGGGAAAAGGAGAAGGCAAAGAAGGCAAAGCGGGAUGCUGACCUCAAGGGCCUGGAUGCCAAGGCCCAGAAGAAGUAUCUCGAGAAAGAGAAGGAGAAGGAUCUCCGAAGAAGUCAGAAGAAGAUGACUAUGCGGGGAUGA